UGAAAAUAUAGAAAGUAAUAGAAAAACAUUAUCACGUAGAUGUCACUACUUUUGUCUGAAACAACACACACCAAGAGCGAGAGAAAGCCUUCAAAACAAAAGAAAAAUUAGAACAUCAAACAUGAUUGGUCCAGGCAGACCUCUCUUCGUCCUCUUUGGAUCUUCCAUCGUUCAGUUUAGUUACAGCAACGAAGGUUGGGGUGCAAUUCUUGCACAUGCAUAUGCUCGUAAGGCAGACAUAAUUCUGCGAGGAUACGGAGGGUGGAACUCGAGGCGUGCUUUGGAAGUUCUACAUAAAGUUUUCCCCAAGGAUGCUGCUGUACAACCUUCAUUGGUGAUAGUUUAUUUUGGUGGCAAUGACUCAACUGAGCCCCACCCAUCCGGCCUUGGUCCCCAUGUACCUCUUCCAGAAUAUGUUGAGAACAUGAAGAAGAUUGCUAUGCAUCUCAAGGGCCUAUCGGAGAACACUCAUGUAAUGUUCCUUAGCACUCCACCGAUGAAUGAGGGACAAACAGGAGAAAGCUUUGGUAAAUGCGCUCGAACCAAUGAAGGUUGCCGGAUUUAUUCCGAAGCUUGUUUAAAACUAUGCCAAGAAGUGGAUAUAAAAUGUAUUGAUCUUUGGACUGCUAUCCAGCAAAGAGACGACUGGAAGACAGUUUGCUUUACGGAUGGCAUCCAUCUAUCCUCCGAGGGGAGCAAGUUAGUGGGUGAAGAAAUAUUGAAAGCCCUGGCAGAGGAACCAAGUUUAUGCUGGAGAUCAUUGCCGACUGAAUUUGAUGAAGAUUCAGUCUUUGAUCCUGUCGAUGAAGAAGGGAAGAACAUUAACAUUUCAAACCUGUAGUUUUCCACCAUGUGCCAAAUGGGAAUAAUUCCCUUAAGCCCUUAUCAAGUUUGGUUGCCUUUUUCGUUUUCCUUUAAUGUUUGACUUCUCCUAUAGAGAAACAUAUGAUUGCAGAGAGGUCUUCCUAGUAUCUCUUCCAUGCAAUAUUAAACUGGAAUUGUAAGUGGGCCACGGGAUGGAAAUAAAAUGAAAUUCCUAGCA